AUGGCAACUCCUUGCGGCGAACAUCGAAAAGAAAUCCAAAAGUGUAAUGCUCAGACAGGAAGCCAAGUGGUGAACCAAUGUUCUAUGUCAACAAUUCAAAAUCAAACUACCUCAACGGCACCCAUGCGACCCAGAUCUCUUUACACGGCGCACAGUUAUCACUCGCAGACAGAUGAAACUAAUUUUCAGCGAUACAGUGAAUUUUCCAAAUAUUUCGAAGCACCUCCGUCAGAACAGUGGGGCGGACUGGCUGGUGCAACAGCAUAUUCUAAUUCAACAGGAUUUUGGCGGCAACCACGUAAUUGUAAAACGAUUGCACCGUUCUAUGAGGAAUCGUGUGUCUAUGCAGAAAACUGGCGCGAACAUGACACUGAUGCUGCAAUCGUUACAACACCGCAUGGUACAAUUUCUCUGAGACUUCAUAAUAGGAUUCGGGUUGACAUGACGAUCGAUCGUGCAGUUAGAGUAAUCAAUCUUAAGAAUAACAUUGUACUAUCGUUGAGUGGUUCUGGAUCAACUGCAGCAUUAUUACAUCCAAAUGGAAGAAUAUAUCAGUACGGUUCGCGAGUUGAAAUCUUGGCCCACGAUGCCCAUGGCAAUAACAAAUAUGCAAAGAUGUGGUAUAAAGGAGUCAGCUUUACUUCAGAGCAGUGUGCUCUUGUGUAUUUAGUUGAUACGGCAGGGACGAGAACAACGACAGAUUCAUUUUCAGACAUGAGCCAGGACUUUUCUUUAAGCGUUUUUUACUCUCGUUCUCGUCAUGGUUCAGCAUGUUUGCAAGAAGCUGCAGCUGCAUUAAAUGCUGCUCAAUAUUGGUUGACCAAUGAGGGUGUGGAAAACUGGAUUGUUAAUAAUGUUCGAGUUUCACAAACACCUGAUGGUCUUGUUAGGAUUGCACGUAACAGUAACAAGUAUCAAUUACGUACGUCACCUAGUAAUGGAACAGCUUCAUUGACAACGCCAUUUUUACAUUGUACCGCAUCCCUGGGUCAGACGUCUCAUCUUUUUGUACGUCGAGGUGAACGACGCAUGCACUACGAUGGAACCAGUUUUAUCGUACGAAAUGCAGGUCACAGUGCUGGAUUUGAUGAUAAUAAUCAACUAAAAGUUUAUUAAUAAAUUCUAGUGUGAACUUAUUGCUGCGAGCCUUAUAGAUGUUUAUUCGCGGCAAUGUAACAAUUCUAUUCAGUAUAUAGAUUUAUUACUAACGUCAUAAAUACACACACACAGUUAUGUGAAAAUGAAAAGUUACAUGUUUGGA